AUGGUCCAGUGUUCUGCUAAGCAAAGGGAAAUAGUGGUAGAUAUCUAUGAGAGUGCAGAUGCUGUUAGAGGUCACAACUCUGACCCUGAAGGUGGUGACACAAAGAAAGACCCAGACACAGCACCACACACUGGAUUCAACACCACAGGAGGCAGGUGUUACAGAGUGACCGCAGUGUGUGCAGUGCUGCUGUGUGUUCUCCUACUGUGUGCCGUCACACUGCUGUGGAUCAAAUUCACCAACCUGACUAUAGAGAGAGACCAGUUACAGACCCGUAACAACAACCUGACUAUAGAGAGAAACCAGUUACAGACCAGUAACAACAACCUGACUAUAGAGAGAAACCAGUUACAGACCAGUAACAACAACCUGACUAUAGAGAGAAACCAGUUACAGACCUGGUAUAACAACCUGACGAAGAACAGAGAACAGUGUCAGUCUGAUUACAUGUCAGAUGUCAUUAAACAAGGAUGGAAUUUCUCCAGCUCCAGUUGUUACUACAUCUCUACUGAGAAGAAGACCUGGACUGAGAGCAGACAGAACUGUAGAGAGAGAGGAGCAGACCUGGUGAUCAUAAACAGCAGAGAGGAACAGGAGUUCAUCAUUAAACAGCUCGGUGACAGUAAAGAGGCUUGGAUUGGUCUGCAUAAAGACGACACAAAGACAAAGUGGAAAUGGCUGGACGUGUUCCUGUGCACUGCAGCAGAUGGGUGA